UACUUGAACUUUUUUCAGGCGCGAUCGAAAUUGGUGGCAGUACUAGUAUCUAUCGCAUUAGACGUCAGAAACCAAGCCAUUGCGUGCGGUGUGAGAAGCCUUUUUGCGGAAACCUACUCGCGGUCGCCGCUUUUGGCAGAAACGACAUACCUGGUUCCAGGCCCGACUGGUUUCCUAAAGCGAGAAGUGCGCUGCGUCCACCAUCUCUCUAAUUCGUCGUCGUGUAUUCCUCGCCACCUCCGGCCCAGUAGUGGGCCAGUAGCCAAAUAUCGGGUCGCGUUGUUCUGAUUUCGAAAUCACGCGCGGAGCGACCUGUCGGCGAACACCAAGAAGUGACCCGAGCUGCGGCCGCAGCAUCUGCCCCGCCGCCGGUUACCCAACACCCCGUCCCCCGCCCGAGUCAGCGGCAGCCAUGCGGUUAUCGGAGAUGCGGUUUGUGUACGGGCAGCUGGGGCACUUGAUGGCGGGCAUGAUCCUGGUGGCCAUGGGGCUGCGUGCGCUCGUCUCCAUGCUCGACAUCAUCGUCGCCGCGCUCUGCCCCACCGACCAGUGCCCGAGGCGCUCAUGCUCUCCGCCGGCCGCGCCACGGUGGGCGGCAUCGCCAACAUCAUUGUGGCGCCCAUAUUCGGCGGGCUCUCAGAUAAAUUUGGCCGCAAGCCCUUCCUGCUGCUCGGCAUUGCCGGCAUCACCAUUCCCUACGCCAUCCUCGCUACCAGCUCCAGUCGCCUGGCCGUGUACCUGUUCUUUGCAGCGGAGACGGCAGGAUCGGCCAUGGGGGGCUCGGCGUGGCUCAAUCUCAUCUAUGCCUACGUGGCGGACGUGACACCCGAGUCCAACAGGGCAGCGGCGUUUGGAGCCAUCUCUGGCACCACGGCGUUUGGCUUCCUCGCUGGCCCCCUUGUCGCUCGCUUCGUGCCGCCUGCUUUCACCUUCCAUGUGGCCACGCUCCUGUGUUUGUGCGGAUGGACCUACAUCCUGUGCAUGGUGCCUGAGUCCGUCCCGUCCCACCGCCUCCUGCGCAAGGCAGCAUCGCUGGCAGACGAGGAGCACGGCACCACGCCUGCUGCUGCUGCUGCUGCUGUCGCUGCUGUUGAUGGCGCUAGUGCAGCAGCGGGCGAUCAACACGGGGGAGGGGUAGGCGAUGGCCGUGGGGGUAAAGUGGGGGAGAGGACUUGGCUGCUGGAAGGAUGUGCAAAUGGCAAGGCGGUGGCGCUGAUGCGCAACAGAUCGACACUGCGGGAGGCCAUCCACGUCAUGUCGUCCAGUCCUCUCGUGUCCGUGCUGCUGCUCGUGGCCUUCCUGCACGCCUUCGCUGACAACGGCCAGACGUCCAACAUGUUUUACGUGUUCAAGGCCAAGUUCCACUGGAACAAGGACGACUUCUCCCUCUACACGGCUGGCAUCGGCCUCUUUGCCGUGCUCUCCCAGCUUGUGCUGCUGCCGCUGCUGCUGCAGGUGCUCUCCCUGCGCUCGCUGCUCAUCCUCGCCAUCUCAGUCAACAGCUUCCACAUGGUCCUGUACGGGCUCGCCUGGAAGCCAUGGGUGGUGUACCUUGCACUCUCAAUGAGCCUCAUCUCCACGCUCACUCAAACAUCGAUCGGGAGCAUGGUGUCGCACCUUGCAAGCCCCAGUGAGCAGGGCAAGCUGCAGGGAGUGGUGUCUGGGGUCUCCUCCCUCUCUGCCGUGCUCGCACCUCUCACCAUCAACCCCAUCACUGCGUACUUCAUGUCUGACUCGGCGCCCAUCCAUCAGCCCGGAGCCGGCAUCAUCGUUGCAGGCAUUGUCGAGGCGGUGGCAUGUGUCCUCGUGCUGGCACUGCCGCCUGUUGCUGCCAAGCCGGGAGUGAGAGCACUGACAGACCAAGAUGCAGGCUCACCAGCACAAGGAAGCCAAGAUGAUGGUGCUGCGUCUGCAGGCGAUGGUUAUGGCAGGGGGGUUGGCGUAGAUGCAUCUGGAUCUGGCUCAUGUGGUCGAAGCAAGGGCCAGCGCACGGUCACAUUUGAACAUGGCUUUAGCAGCAGCAGCAAUGGUGGAGACAGCAGAGGCAGCAACAGCAGUGGUGCCAGGGAUGGUGGUAGCAGCAGCAGCAGCAGCGGCAACAACAACGUCACAUCCACAGCUGGGCGAGGCAUUGAUGGGAGCAGAGAGGGGCAUGGCGGCGACAGCUCGAUCACCACACCGCUCCUUACAUAGCAUGUGGAUAUCAGGAUCAUCCUGUCCUGCACUCCACACCCUAUGUAACCAACAUCUGAGGUGCCUUAGAAUCAUCCCUCCUCAUGCACGUUGGUGUGGCGAGGGCGAAGCCUUCCUUCGCACGUGUCUACUACCCCACCUGUAUAUUGUGGGCAUUACCUCCCAGCACCAAUAAAACCUGUGCACAGCAUGACACUUACCGGUACGAGCUUUUGGAGAAUUUGUGUGUAAAAAAAGCG